AUGAUGCGCUCUCCCGCUUUUCCUCCUCGCCGACCUUCACACCUCGUUCGCUACAUAUUUCCAGCCGCCGUGUUAAUAUGUUUGCUCUACUAUCUUUCCUCGGCGGGUACAGAUGUGUCGACGUCGCAUCUCUCGAGCAUCAGUGACUCAACAAAGUUGCAAGAGCAACAAUCACCCUACCUGCCCGACAAGAACAACGAUCCGAGUCCAUCACACGAGGCCGAUACUGGCAAGGCAGCUGGUGGUGCAGUUGAGGCCGAGAAACCCAUCGAAUACGACCCAAUCCAUCAUGACGCGCCCUCUGAAGGCGUACCGUCAAAGCCAAGCAUACAUCCGAUCGACUCAUUAAUUACGGUUGCGGAUGUCACAAUGAAGGAGAUGUUAGACAAGGAAUCGCAUACCCUCGAGGCCGCCGCCGCCGAAUACCGCAAGCGACGGGGCAGGCAUCCGCCCCCGGGCUUCAGGGAGUGGUACAACUUUGCCACGGAGCGGAAUGCCGUCAUGGUGGAGGACUUUUGGGACCAAAUUUACCAUGACUUGAACCCCUUUUGGGGCAUGGACCCCAACGCCAUUCGCAAGGAAGCAUGGGACUACGAGAUGACUAUCAACGUCCGAAACGGAAACGCAAGCGCCAAGAGCGAUUGGUUCUGGACGCAAAUAUGGCUCAACAUGACCAAGACCAUUGAAAAAUACCUCCCGGACAUGGACAUUGCACUCAAUGCCAUGGACGAGCCCCGGUUGGUAGUGCCCUUUGAGGAUGUCGCUGGCUACAUGGAGAAGGAAAAGAAGACGCGCAGUCUCUGGCCCCCAAAGCAAGUUAUCAGCGAGUUUGAUACACUGCCGAGUGUGAAACAAGGAUUCAAAAAGCCUUCCACGAUUAAGAAGCACUGGGAGAGCACUGAACCCUACUGGCUCAUCGCUCGUCGUGGCUGCCAUCCAGACAGCCUUGCGCGCACCGUAAAGCCGCAGAAAACAUUCGACAAGACACCGGAAUUCCAGCCAUCGUACGCGGCACCCCAUCAAUAUCAGGGUUUUGUGUCCAAUGCUACACUAUCCAAGGAAUUUUGCCAUCAGCCGGACCUCCAAGGCCUCGAGGGCAUUUUCAUCAAGCCCUUGUCAACAUCGGCAACCAAGGUUCUGUUUCCCAUGUUUGGCGGUAGCAAGCUAGCCACCAACAAUGAAAUUCUACUUCCAGCUCCAAUGUACUGGAACGAAGAAGAAAGAUUCGUCGGAGGCGGCUAUCAUGGCUCGGAUUGGGAGACCAAAGCCGGUGACCUUAUCUGGCGUGGUGUGGCUACCGGUGGGCGAAACACUGCAAAGAACUGGAAAGGCUUUCAACGACACCGGUUUGCGGCUAUGAAUAACGCCACAAAGCUUAGCAUGGCCGCAACUGCUACAGCACCUCCAGUAAACUUUGCACUGCCAACUGGAACUGACCAGGUUGCGGCCCAGCGGGAAGGUGACCUCGACAAUUGGGUUUGGGACUUUGCUAAUGUCGGUCUCACCGAUCUGGCCUGCGAUGACAAAAUCGACAAGAGUCUGCAGCAAAAAGGUGGACGUUGUUACUACACCGACUCUGAAUUUGACUUGGUUCUAGGCCAGAGCAUGAACUUCCAAUUCGAUUUCAAGUACCUGCCCGACAUCGACGGCAAUUCCUUUUCCGGACGGUACCUUGGCUUCCUCAGGAGCACCUCUCUCCCAAUCAAGAGUACCUUGUGGCGGGAAUGGCAUGACAGCAGACUGGUGGCUUGGAAGCACUUUGUCCCCAUGGACAAUCGUUUCCUCGACUAUUAUGCCAUCAUGGAGUAUUUUAUUGGCUACAAGGAUAAGGCACCAAGCCAUGAUGCCCAGGCAAAGAAGAUUGCGCUUGAGGGCAAGCAAUGGGCCGAGAAGGUCUUGAGAAAAGAAGACAUGCAGAUAUAUACCUUCCGUCUGCUGCUCGAAUACGCCCGCUUGUCCGAUGAAAGGCGAGAGAAGAUGGGCUGGGUCGAGGAUUUGUUAUAA